GGAGGGAGGCUCCGGGGAGCCCGGCCGGGGAACACGUGCCUGGGUGGCGGCCACGGCGAAGGGGCCUCUCCGUAGUAGCCGGGGCGGGCGCGAGAGGGCCGCGGCCGCCACCCGCCCGCCGGCGCCGGUGGUGGGGCGGAGGAAGCGCGGACUCCUCCUCCCCAUCGUAUUCACUGGCAUCCAGAGGCGGGGGACCAGCCCAGCCUCGCCGCCCGAGCCUGCCGCGUCCCGGCGCUCGGCUCCGGAGCCACCACGGGAGCGCGGCACACCGGGUACCUCCAUCCCGCGGAGCGCGCCGCGCUGUCAUCUCCGCUCCCUGGCGAGCCGCGGCAUCCCUCCGAGCCAUCCACCCGCGCCCACCCGGGCUCCAGACUUGGGGCGCUUGCUUUUCAGCACCUCUCUGGGAGACAGACUGUCCCGGAGCGGGGUCCACCCCGCUGGUCCCCCACACUCCGAGGCUCGACGGGCGGACGCGCAGACCGAAAGGCCGGACUGCGGGCAAGCUCAAUGUGAAAGGUGCUCUGAGAGUCUUCCCUGAUUACUACUCAAUUAUUCCUUUUCCUGGAACACCUUUUUGAAGAACUAGCAAACAUCUCUUCAGAUAUAGUACCAGAUAAUGGAGUCUUUGCAGAGAUUAUGCUUGUCUCGCUAAAAUCAGGAUAAAUCUCCUCUGGGAUCUAUUGACUAUUGAUGAAGGUUCUGCAUUUUGCUCCAGAAAAUCCCCAAUUGGAUGACAAAAACAAAAAUAACAGUUUUUGCGGGACACAGGUCUGGAACCUAACCACAGGGUGUCCAUGAACCCCGCGGCUGCACCCCAUCAGCGAUGAAAGGCUUAUCGGGUAGCCGCAGGCAUCAUCACGGAGUCACCUGCGAGUCUGCCUGCGACUCGCUGUCCCACCACUCGGACCCGAAGCCAUACCUCCUCAGCCCUGUGGAGCAUCACCCUGCAGACCACCCCUACUACACUCAGCGCAACUCCUUCCAAGCUGAGUGCGUGGGGCCCUUCAGCGACCCGCUGGCCAGCAGCACCUUCCCGCGCAGGCACUACGCCUCGCAGCAGGAGCUGAAGGAAGAGUGCGCCCUGGUGCCCCGCACCCUGGCCACCAAGCCCAAUCGCCUCCCCACCAACCUCCUGGACCAGUUCGAGAGGCAGCUGCCUCUCAGCCGCGAUGGCUACCACACGCUGCAGUACAAGCGCACGGCCCUGGAGCACCGCAGCGACAGCCCGGGGCGCAUCCGCCACCUGGUCCACUCGGUGCAGAAGCUCUUCACCAAGUCGCACUCCCUGGAGGGGCCGUCCAAGGGCAGCAUCAACGGGGGCAAAGCGAGCCCCGAUGAAACGCAGCCCGUGCGAUAUGGCAAGCGCAGCAAGAGUAAGGAGCGACGGGCAGAGCCGAAGGCCCGGCCCAACACCUCCCCGGGGUGGUGGAGCUCGGAUGACAACCUGGACAGCGACAUGUGCAUCUACCAUGCCCCCUCGGGCGUGAUGACCGUGGGCAGGUGCCCAGAUCGCUCGGCGUCGCAAUACUUCAUGGAGGCCUACAACACCAUCAGCGAGCAGGCUGUCAAGGCCUCCCGGAGCAGCAAUGACAUCAAAUGUUCCACGUGUGCCAACCUGCCUGUCAACCUGGACACGCCACUUCUGAAGAAGAGCGCCUGGUCUUCCUCCACGUUGACUGUGAGUAGAGCCCGGGAAGUUUAUCAGAAAGCCUCCGUGAAUGUGGACCAGGCCAUGGUGAAGUCCGAAUCCUGCCAACAAGAACGAUCCUGCCAGUAUCUUCAGGUUCCUCAAGAUGACUGGGCAGGAUAUAACCCUAGAGGUAAAGAUGAUGAAAUUCCUUGCCGAAGAAUGCGGAGUGGUAGCUAUAUCAAGGCCAUGGGAGAUGAAGACAGUGGGGACUCAGACACAAGUCCUAAACCUUCUCCAAAAGUUGCUGCGCGAAGAGAAAGCUAUCUCAAAGCUACUCAGCCAUCCCUUACAGAACUCACCACACUCAAGAUUUCCAAUGAACAUUCCCCCAAACUCCAGAUCCGGAGUCACAGUUACCUGAGGGCAGUCAGUGAAGUCUCCAUCAACCGAAGCCUGGACAGUCUUGAUCCUGCAGGCCUGCUUACAUCACCAAAGUUCCGCUCCAGGAAUGAAAGCUACAUGAGAGCCAUGAGCACCAUCAGCCAGGUGAGUGAGAUGGAAGUGAACGGGCAGUUCGAGUCUGUGUGCGAAUCGGUAUUUAGCGAGCUGGAGUCCCAGGCGGUGGAGGCCCUGGACCUACCCAUGCCCGGCUGCUUCCGCAUGCGGAGCCACAGCUACGUGCGAGCCAUCGAGAAGGGCUGCUCCCAGGACGACGAGUGCGUGUCCCUGAGGUCGUCCUCCCCACCACGCACCACCACCACCGUGAGGACCAUCCAGAGCAGCACCGGUGUCAUAAAACUGAGUUCUGCAGUGGAAGUGUCAUCUUGCAUUACAACAUAUAAGAAGACACCACCUCCAGUCCCACCCAGAACUACCACGAAACCUUUCAUUUCUAUCACAGCCCAGAGCAGCACAGAGUCUGCCCAGGAUGCCUACAUGGACGGACAAGGCCAACGAGGAGAUAUUAUCAGCCAGUCUGGACUGAGCAACUCCACGGAGAGCCUGGACAGUAUGAAGGCUCUGACAGCUGCCAUCGAAGCCGCAAACGCUCAGAUCCACGGCCCUGCCAGUCAACACAUGAGCAACAACCCUGCCACUGUCACGACCACAACCACCAUAGCCACUGUCACUACAGAGGACAAGAAGAAAGAUCACUUUAAGAAAAAUCGAUGCUUGUCUAUCGGGAUACAGGUAGAUGAUGCUGAAGAACCUGAGAAACCAGGAGAAAAUAAAGCACCCAGUAAGUUCCAGUCUGUAGGAGUGCAAGUAGAAGAAGAAAAAUGCUUCCGCAGGAUUACUCGCUCCAACAGUGUGACAACAGCAGUACAAGCCGACCUGGACUUUCAUGAUAACCUGGAAAACUCUUUGGAGUCUAUAGAGGACAAUUCGUGCCCUGGCCCAAUGGCCAGACAAUUCUCCCGGGAUGCCAGCACGUCCACAGUCAGCAUUCAAGGCUCAGGAAACCAUUACCACGCCUGUGCCGCCGAGGAUGACUUUGACGCUGAUUUUGAUCCUUCGAUUCUUCCCCCUCCUGACCCUUGGAUCGACUCCAUCACUGAAGACCCUCUGGAGGCGGUGCAAAGGUCGGUGUGCCACCGGGACGGUCACUGGUUCCUAAAGCUUCUCCAGGCCGAGCGAGACCGCAUGGAAGGCUGGUGCCAGCAAAUGGAGCGGGAGGAGCGAGAAAACAACCUGCCAGAUGACAUUCUAGGGAAAAUCCGAACCGCUGUGGGCAGUGCUCAACUUCUCAUGGCCCAGAAAUUCUACCAGUUUAGAGAACUGUGUGAAGAAAACCUGAAUCCCAAUGCUCAUCCGAGGCCCACCUCCCAGGAUUUGGCAGGGUUCUGGGACAUGCUGCAAUUGUCCAUAGAAAAUAUUAGUAUGAAAUUUGAUGAACUUCACCAAUUAAAGGCCAAUAAUUGGAAACAGAUGGAUCCUCUUGACAAGAAGGAGAGAAGGGCGCCUCCUCCCGUGCCCAAGAAGCCGGCGAAGGGCCCCGCGCCGCUGAUCCGGGAGCGCUCGCUGGAGAGCUCGCAGCGCCAGGAGGCCCGCAAGCGCCUGAUGGCCGCCAAGCGCGCCGCGUCGGUCCGCCAGAACUCGGCCACCGAGAGCGCCGAGAGCAUCGAGAUCUACAUCCCCGAGGCGCAGACCCGGCUCUGAGUCGGCCCCGAGAGUCCGGCCCCCCACCCCGGCCCCCAGACCCCCGGCCC